AUGUAAAAGAACAAAAUCGAGUCACUCUGUGAAGAAUCGAUUUCCAUCAUUGUCACAGAAGCAGCCAAGCCUUUAAGUUUUAAUGUGCAGUAUUGGCCGGCGUGUUUAUGAAAAAUGGGCGAGAGUCAAGCGAAUGUGCGUGAGGACGCGGAUACCAGCCAGUGGCCCCAGCAGGCGCUCCUCUUGAUCACUGGGAUUUUUCCCACGGUGCGACAAAGGACGGUUCUCAAAGCAAAGAAAUUAAUUCCGGGCAGCCAUGUGCAAUCAUUACAUAAUACGGUGCUAAAAUUGUAUUUUUAUCAAGAAGGACAAAAGUAGUUAUGUAAAUUAGGUUUCUCGGCUAUCAGUUCUAUGGAUAGAAAUGUCAGCUGUGAGGGAGAGCCGCCCAACUCCGAGCACAUCCUUCACAACAUUGACUUAGAAACUAGCACAUUAUAUAUGGUGCUAACAGCAAUGUCAGUGAUUGGAAGUCUAGUGUAUCUGGAAGAAGUCAUCUACAUAUUGAAGAAAAUUCCCCAAUCAUACAAAAGGAAGACUUACAUUUGGGUGACUGGAGCCCCCCCAGUCAUUUCAGCAGCGUCUUGCAUUGCUCUUUGGGUCCCUCGCUCCUCUAUGUUUACAGAAUUCACGGCUUCCAUCUACUUCACAAUCUGCAUCCACAAGUUCCUUGUGAUGAUGGUAGAGGAGUACGGGGGCGAUGAUGCUUUACUCAUCAGACUGCAUGGUGCGCGCAUGAGAAUCAGCACAGGCCCCUGCUGCUGCUGCUGCCUAUGUCUGCCUCCAGUUCCUAUGUCCAGGACGACAUUAAAUAUUCUCAAAUGUGGGACUCUGCAGGCUGCCUUUCUUAGACCAGUUCUGCUGUUCUUUGCCAUGGUGCUCUGGACAAAUGGAAACUAUGAACACGGAAAGAUGAAACCAGAUGCUGCAUUCCUGUGGAUAACCAUCCUCUCCAUGGCAGCAUUUAUCCUCUCACUAUGGCCAAUAGCAAUCAUUUUUUCCAAAGCUAAGUCUUGUUUGUCUAGACUCAACAUAGUACCCAAAUUUGCUCUGAACCAGUGCAUUCUGAUUCUGACCCAGGCCCAAGGUGGAAUCAUCAGCCUUCUUGUUGGCACUGGGAUCAUAGCAUGUGCGCCACCCUUUCCUGCCAGGGCCAGAGGAGCAUUUAUGAACCAACAGCUGCUUGUAAUGGAGAUGUUCAUUAUCACCAUCCUGUCACGCUGCUAUUACAGACGUAAAUACGCUGACUUGAACCCUGAAGACACUGGACCAUCUGGAGAUCAGGAAACCCAAAAGGACAUAAGGUGAACAAAAGCAACAGCACAAGCAGCCAACGCUGGGGUAAAAAGGACAGCCACAGGACGAGGCCAUGUUAUAAAUAUAAAUAAAUUAUGGACACUUACUUUAAGAGGAGACUUUACCUAUUAAAGCAUACAAGUAUGGAAAUUUAAUUAUUGUUGUUUAGGGAAAAGCAUUGCCUGUUUGUAAACUGAGCUCCACUAUCUUUGCAGUUCUCACUUACUAUACAGAUAUGUUUCAGUUCAGAAAUUUUAACCAGAACUUUGCCUGACAUCUCAGUAUGGCAUCAUAUAUUGUAGUUUCUCUGUUUCAUUAACAAAUGCAACACAUUGGUGUGAAUCCAGUAUGAAUAGAAAGGGGGCAUUAAAAUAUGAUUCAGAGUAAGUGGAAGGCCAAGGACUUCUUUACACUGUUUUAUUGCAAAUUGUGUUACAGCACAUAACAAAAACAAACCCACAUAAUCAGAUUGUUUUAGGUAUAUUACAAUAAAAAAUCAGUAUAGCAUGAUCCAUGCAGUACUUACAUAUAAAUUAUACUUUAGUGAUGCAGCAGGAAAUCACACAGCUUCAGAUUUUACUAUGCAAUACAAUUGAUUAUACUCUUGUGGUAGAAAUUUAACAUCUUAUUAAAGAAUGAAACAUCUUCUAAAAGGACAAAUCAGUUAUCAGG